ACCGCUAUUCGUUCGUACACUGCUUCUCGUAGGGCCUUUUACCAAACGUCUAGCGUGAACUUGCUUUGCAAUGGGUAUAGACCGUUCAUUGGCUCCCCUUUCAUCCCUACCUCAUUCACCCAUACCCAAGUAACGGAGGCCGCCGGAGCAAAGUGUACGGUCAUACACAUGAUAUUCCCUGGUCUGCAGUUAAUGGCUUCUCACAUCAUGGUUACAUCUGCUCACCCCCUUGCCAUGCCUAGAUAUGUGGAACUGCUGUGACUCAACAGUGAUCACUGCUCCUCCCCCGUGGAAGUAAUCAUUCAUAAGAAUCGUCGUGCUUAAAGAACUCAGUCAGUGGCCAUCAGUUCUCACGAAAGCUGGAACAUCCAGUACAAACAGUUACAGCUUGGUCCUAUUCCGCGGUUACAUACGCUUACUACAUACAGCAUGUCGAUAAUGCGGGUGGCCGUCGUCGGCACCUGCAGAUUGGCGCUUCUUAUAGCCCGUGAGAUUCAUGACUCGACUAGUCAUCAGCUUGUCAUAUUGUCUCGGAUUUCGCAACCGAGCCUAUUGUCACAGGGAUAUCAAUGUCAAGUCGUCGACUACAGCAACCCAAGCUCAAUACAGCAUGCCCUGAUGGGUGUUGAUACCGUCAUAUCGACAGUCAGCGGCAACGCGCAACUCCAGCUGAUCGAAGCCGCCGUGGCAUGCAGAGUUCGCCGCUUUGCUCCCGCUGAGUUUGAAGGACGGCCAGCGUUGAGAUCCCAAUCGAUACUCGACCGCGGGCGAAACAGCGCCUUGGCACGCCUUCAUCACUACCGCAACCUCAUCGAAUACACGGUGUUCGUAUGCGGCAUAUUCUAUGAGAGGUUUUCCGUCAAUGGUAUGGUCUCGCAGCAGAUUGGCGUCAACACCGGCUACAGCAAUGAGGGGGAUUACAUUGCGAAUCCUCGAAGCAUGACCGCUUUGGCGCCGGUAUACGACUCGUCUCAGAAUCUAGCAUAUCUCAACCUCACUUCGGUGUAUGACGUUGCUCGGUUCGUCGUACGAGCAUUGAACAUGCCCUCCUGGCCACGCGAAAUGUCGAUGAGCGGAGAUAGAAUGUCCGUGAACCAGCUCAUAGAAGUGAUGCAGUUGUGUAGAGGUCGUCAAUUCUACGUCGAGUGGCAGAAUCCAUCGGGCCUGCAAUACCAAAUGACUAUGGCACAAAUGGCAGGUGACGCCCUCAAGCAACGACGUCUGGCGACUCUCAUCGAGACGGCGGAGAAUCGCUACGACUGUGCCACCCCUGCGUAUCUGAACGCGGCUUUCCCAGAUAUUCAGCCCACGAGCUUCUCGCACUGGUUCCAGCACAAUUGGGCCACUGUUCCCUAG